AUGGAAGAGGAGACGGAAGAAGGAGACGCGUCUAGGAAGGCUGGCACCACCGCCAUGGAGUGGCCGACACUGCCACCCUGCUCGACGCCGGAGGAAGACGGCACUGUCGCCAUGCCUACGCCGACAUCGCCCACCACCGGCCCGAGGCCCAGCUGCUCGCUACUCCCUGCUGUGCCGCCAACCGCCAAUCCCACCGCCGCCACCGCGCGCCCCGCAAAUCGCGCCUGGCCCGCUCCUGCUCCUCCCUGCUGCAAGCAGCUCGCCGGCGCCAGGCCCGCGGUCCCACCUCGCCGGCCGCACGCGCACGCCUGGCCGCCCGCGCGCCCCACCACCAGAUCGCCUCCACCAACGCUCGCCGCACGCCCCUGCUCCAUAGCAUCAGCGCAUCAGCGCAUCAGCGCGCGCAUCGAUCCGUUCACGCCCAGGCAGCCAGCGCGCGCUGCAACAACCGCUCGCCUCAGCUCCGCUCCAGCUUCCGGCCGCUCCCGGCCCACCCACGGCCACCAUCCUCGCAGCACCAAGCGCGCACAGCAAGCCCACGCCAAGCCGCCGGCCACGCUCCACCCCGCGCUGCAGAUCCUCGGCUGGCCCCGCACGCGCCGCUCGCACCAAUUCCUGCCGGCCCGCCCUCCACAAUCGCUAGCUCGCCGCAUCAAUUGCUCUCCACAACGCCUUGGUCUCAACAAUUGCAGUCAUUUGCGCGCUCCAGUCAAUCUCCAGUCAAUUGCGCGCUGCUCAGUUUCCAUCCGCUUCGAUUUCGCGCAAAAUUCCUCGGACCGGACAACAAGCCGGAUAAAUUUCCUCUGA